UUCUGUUCCUGUCAUUUCAGAGAAGGAAUGUCUCUUAAUAAAUCCAUGCACCCAAGAAACCGCUACAAAGACAAACCUCCAGACUUCGCCUACUUGGCUUCCAAGUAUCCAGAAUUUCAGCAGCAUGUGACUCUGAGCUUGGCUGGAAAAGUAAGUUUAAACUUCAAGGACCCAGAAGCGGUGAGGGCCCUGACUUGUACCCUAUUGAAGGAAGAUUUUGGCCUGAGUAUUGAUAUUCCUCUGGAGCGGCUCAUUCCAACAGUUCCUCUGAGACUUAACUAUAUCCACUGGGUGGAAGAUUUGAUCAACUACCACGAUUCUGACAAAACUGCUCUCCGUCGAGGAAUCGAUAUAGGUACAGGAGCGUCUUGCAUUUAUCCAUUGCUUGGGGCGACUCUAAAUGGCUGGUAUUUCCUUGCUACAGAAGUGGAUGACAUCUGCUUUAAUUAUGCAAAGAAAAAUGUGGAGCAAAACAACUUGGCAGAUCUCAUUAAAGUGGUUAAAGUUCCUCAAAAAACUCUAUUAAUGGAUGCAUUAAAAGAAGAGUCCGAGAUUGUUUAUGAUUUUUGUAUGUGCAAUCCUCCUUUUUUUGCCAACCAACUGGAAGCCAAGGGAGUAAAUUCCCGAAACCCUCGCCGACCACCACCUAGUUCAGUGAACACUGGGGGCGUUACAGAGAUCAUGGCUGAAGGGGGAGAGUUAGAGUUUGUGAAGAGGAUCAUUCAUGAUAGUCUGCAGCUGAAGAAAAGGUUAAGAUGGUACAGCUGCAUGUUGGGGAAGAAGUGCAGUUUGGCCCCUUUGAAGGAAGAGCUGCGAAUUCAUGGGGUUCCCAAAGUUGCCCAUACAGAAUUUUAUCAGGGGCGCACAAUGCGUUGGGCUCUUGCAUGGAGCUUUUAUGACGAUGUAAUCAUCCCGAACCCUCCUAAGAAGAGAAAGUUGGAGAAGCCCCGGAAACCUAUGAUGUUCACGGUCCUUGAGGCUAUCGUAAAACUGCUGGCGGCUAAAUCUUCCCAAAGCUUGGAGGAUGUUGGGAGCAUCGCAGUGGUUACAGAAUGGAUGAAAAAGAUUCUGACUGAUCUCAGGGUUCAACAUAAAUAUGUCACCUGCAGUAAUGUAGAAGAGAGCUUAUUUCUCACAGCCAUUGAAAACUCUUGGGUUCACAUUCGUCGGAAGAAAAGGGACCGAAUGAGGCAACUCCGAGAGCUGCCUCGUGCUCCUGAUGACUUCCUGCAGACAAACAAGGAGGAAAAGCCUCUCCAAAAAGAAGCUGUAAAACAAGACGUCCAAAUAGCUGGAGUGCCCCCGGAAGAGAAUGAGACAGAUCCCACAGCUGCAAACCCCACUUGCACUGAACCUGUAUCUUCCAAUCCUGAUGACACCUUCACAGUGUCUCCUUCCCUGACCGGAGAUGCUGAUCCAGAAGCUAUCGCAGAUGUAAGCAUGAGCUCAAAGCCAGAGGAAACUUCCCAGUUUGAAACCAUUGAAGAGACUGAAAAUGACUGCACAGAAGAACUGAACCUCUCAACUGAGGAGUGUGCGCCACAGGCUCAAAGCAGUGGCACUUCUUUUCUUUUUAAGUGUGUGAUGAAUGUGAAGAAGGACAUAAAUGAUGUAUUAGUUGAGAUGCACUUUGUUGAAGGCCAGAACAGAGACCUGAUGAACCAGCUUUGUACAUACCUACGCAACCAAAUCUGUCGGCUUGCUACCAGCUAACUUAUCAUAUCCAAAGUCAAGUAUUCAGUUCGCUGUGUUUUUGAAUAUUUUUUAUACGUUAAAAUAGCAGUAUGUGUCCAACAAUGGCUUCCCAUAGAACAAUAUUUUCUUAUACUUAUUUGACUGUGCGUAGAGUGGUGAUGCAACCAGAAAAAAAUAUUAAUCCAACAAAGUAUACUCAUCGGAGGGUGGAUCAGCGGAAACAGUCAUGUCUGAGUUUUUGAGCGGGCUGUCCCUUCAGAUUCUAAUUGCUCAAUCUACUCUGCAGAGUAACUUCUGGGAGAAAGACUCUGCAGAGCUUUUUAGGUUUAGUUUGUGCCCGUCACCCUCCAACCAGGCGAAUGCCAGGUAAGCUCAGCCUUGAACCCUGCCUCUGGGAGAAACCAUGGGAAAUGUGCACACAGUACAGCCAGCCGUGUUGCCUUCUGUGAAGCAGCUGCCAGUGAGAUAGGCAAUUAGAUUUAGUAAAUAAAAUGUAAAAAAAAAAAUGUAUGCUUAGCAAAUCCAAGGAAAAAUAGGCCAAAACUUCAUUUUUCCACAAGUCAGACAUUGCGGUAAUUUGUUUGUGAGCAAUGUAUGUUUUUAUUUCUCAAUUAUCUUUUAAUUAAAACAUUUCAAAUUGCAAAACCUUAUUUUGAUUUGUUUAUAUGUGAAUCUCUGCUUAACGGGACACUUUAAUGGCGAAUUGCCACCAUUUUUUAUUUCUAGUGUCAGAUUAAAAAUGUUUUCAAAAA